CGGUGGCGGUGGAAGCGGAAAAAUGUUGAUUCUGAUGAUCAUACAUUUCAUUACGCUGCCAGUUCUAACAUCCAGACUCGUUAGAGGCGAAACCGCAAUGGACGAGAAACAACCGCAACCGCUCAUCAGUUCCCGAGUAGUGAGGACUAAGUACGGGGAUCUCAGAGGGUUCAUAGUGACUCCAGAGUCAAGGUUCCUAGAACCAGUCGAAGUCUUCAGAGGUGUGCCCUAUGCAUCGCCCCCUGUAGGCUCUUUGAGAUUCAUGCCUCCAGUUUCCGGCGCGCAAUGGUCAGGAGUCAAAAUAGCUGAAGAUUUCAGCCCAGUGUGUCCCCAAGUGCUUCCCGAUAUAAGAAACGAGACCGCGGUCUUGAAAAGGAUUUCGAAAGGUCGACUUGAGUAUUUGAAGCGAAUACUUCCGUUCCUCACGAAUCAGUCCGAAGAUUGCUUGUAUUUGAAUAUCUACGCGCCCGCUCAAGCAGGUGUAAGAGACGCAGUGGCCCGCUACCCAGUCCUAGUGUUCGUCCACGGAGAGAGUUACGAGUGGAGUUCUGGCAACCCUUACGAUGGCACCGUCCUUGCCUCUCACGCGGGGCUUGUCGUCGUCACUAUCAACUACAGGCUCGGGAUCUUGGGUUUCCUCAACCCCCGAUCGGACGAAUACCCUCGUUCCCCCGCCAACUACGGUCUCAUGGACCAGAUAGCAGCCCUGCACUGGAUCAAGGAAAACGUGGCUGUCUUCGGAGGUGACCCCACCAAUGUCACCCUGAUGGGACAUGGGACAGGAGCCGCUUGCGUCCAUUUCUUGCUCACAUCCUUGGCAGUGCCAGAAGGUCUACUGUUUCACAGAGCAGUUCUCAUGUCAGGAUCUGGACUGAGUCCGUGGUCCCUGGUCGCGGACCCUAGCAAAUAUGCCGCAAUAGUGGCCACACAUGCCAAUUGUUCUCCAGAACUAACACCGCCGGCAUUGCUCCGGUGUUUACGCGAGCGCCCGCUUGAGGCGCUACUGUCGGCACCAGUUCAGGCGCCCGACUUCGCCUAUGCCUUCGGGCCUAGCGUCGACGGUGUUGUUAUAGAUACCGGUGAUCUGCUAGUGAACCCAGAGAAUGGGUACGAGUGGGGAGGUCAGGCGGUCGCUCAUGCACCUUUGGGCAAGCAAGCUCAGAAUGCCAUCAAUAUCAUCAAUGCGGUGCUGAUGAGGAAGAGUGCUGUGGCACAGCUUACUAAGUACGAUUUAAUGUUAGGAGUAACAAAAGCGGAGGCGUACUUCGCCUUCAGCGGUGAUGACGUGCAAUACGGCAUCGAAGCCGACCGGAGGUCCAAGAUCCUCAAGUCUUUCGUCAGGAAUACUUACAGCUAUCAUCUGUCAGAGAUCCUGGCGACUAUAAUCAAUGAGUAUACGGAUUGGGAGCGGCCGGUUCAGCAUCCGAUUAAUAUUAGGGACGAAACGCUAGAAGCUUUAAGCGAUGCUCAAAUCGUAGCACCAAUGGUGCUGACAGCAGACACACAUUCUGCACUGAGACGGAAUUCUUACUUGUACGUGUUUGACUACCAGACCAAGUAUGGAGAUUAUCCUCAGCGACAAGGGUGCAUCCAUGGUGAGGAGUUGCCUUAUGUGUUUGGAGCUCCACUGGUGGGUGGUUUGGCCCAUUUCGCGAGGAACUAUACGAAGGCUGAAGUGGCCCUGUCAGAAUCCGUCAUGCUGUAUUGGGGCAACUUUGCGAAGACUGGAAAUCCCAACGAAGCCCAAGAGAGUGAUCCAAUAAGGGCCGGCAGACAGGAACGGGUGAGGAUGAAGAACAUUGAAUGGACGGCAUACGAAGCAGUGCAUAAGAAGUACUUGAACAUCGACACUAAAGCCAAAUUGAAGAACCACUACAGAGCUCACAGACUGUCGUUCUGGUUGAACCUUGUACCAGAUCUUCACCGACCUGGAGGCGAGGAUGUGCCUCCGUCUCAUCAUCAGCUCGAACACGAAGAGUCUGCUCUCCAGCCGACCAUCAAAACAUUCAGCCCACCAUUCAAAAAGACUACAGACAUGGUCAUUACUGAUACUGGAUUAGCAACUAAGAUCCCAGUCUUAGGAGUCUUGAAUAUUACCUCACCAUUAAAUUUCAACAUUAUUGGCAUUAAUGCCCCUACUCAAAGUACUGCUGGUACAGAAGUACAUAAAACUGAUGCAACUACAGCAGCUCCACCCGAAGAUGGAUUCGCAGCUUAUUCCACAGCUCUCAGUGUGACCAUCGCUAUUGGAUGUUCACUCCUCAUACUAAAUGUUCUCAUAUUCGCCGGCGUAUACUACCAGAGAGACAAAACGAGAAUGAACGGCCAAGACGGCCACACCAACGGGGCUCACUUAAAAAAAAGAGUGGAGAAUGGCCAGAUGCCGAACAACAUAUGUGGUGAUCUAGAAGGAGCGUUAACUUACCAAACUAGUUUAAAAAACGACCCAGCUACUAUUCUGAGUCAUCACCAUCACUCUCAUCAUCAGCUACCUCCGCCGGAGUUUGCUGAUUUGCCGAGCAAUAACGUUGCAAGUAUGGCGACAUUGCCUCGGGCGCCUCCGCCUCCUAAGCUUGGCAAGAGUAAUAUAAAUACGUUAGCAAGUGGGCAAUUGCAAGAAAACCAGCCUUUAUUAUCAGCACAUCAGAUGCAGAUGAUUAAUACGAGUACUUUGACAAAGAAGAACACGCAACUGAACGCGAAGUCGAACGUGACGAUGGAGGAACUGCGUGUGUGACGGCAGCGUGCCUGACUGCAACGCGCCGGCAGUUGCAGCGACGUAGUCCACCAUGACGAGAUCGUGUGACUUGAGCCGGACCUUCUCAAGUGUGUCACAGACUACAUAUAGACUAUAACUGUGCCGCUUGAAAUUCGAAGGUUAUUAGUAUUAAAAUACUCUUCCAAAGACAAUGUGAACUGAAUCAGUGAUUUUGUGAAGUGAAACAUUUAAAUAAGUGACGUUCGUGAUUAUCAUAUCUAAGACGGUAUAUGAAAGCGUGUUAUGGACGAUCUAUCGAUGUAUGUAUAUUAUGGUUGUAAAUAGCGAAAUAACUGUAUAUAAUUCAGCAGCUCAGCCGCAUAUCCAUCCUAAUUACAAUUAUGAUAAUCUCAAAAAUAGUGAAAUUUAAAUAAAAUAUUAAAGGAUAAUCGUCGUUGUUCUCGGUCGGCUGUUAAAAUUCUAUGAAUGUGGAAUUAGUUUCUUUGUUUCAGCACGGUUUAAGAAAUUACAUUGUUUCAUAAACGUUGUAUUCGCGAGAUUUAUGUUCUGGAAUAUUCGAGGACGUAAUAAUCUGAGGUACAUUCCAUUUGAGAUAAGGUUUUAUUCUAUUUAAGAACAGCUAUUUGCCGUAAUACUGGCUAUGAAGAUUAAACCGAUGCUAAAAUAUCGUUAAAGCUGAACGAUUGAAAAAUUAAUUUCAAUUCACUUACAACGUUGCCGUCGCCUUCUUUAAUGUCAAUCAGUGUAUUUUAUUAAUAGUUCAAGCGCACAGACCUUACAGAAACUGAGGGUCCUUUUUGAUUUCCCUUUGAACAUCUGUAGAUAAUGAAAUUUAGGCCAUUUUCUUUCAUGACCUUUCUAUAAAAUUGUAACAGCCGAUCGAGUUUGGGUUUAAUAUUGAAUUUAAAAACUAGAUAUUUGAAGAAUAAAGAGACACCAAUGUAAUCUUCGCUGAAAGUUUUAUCGAAGUUAGAAGCAAUAAUGGUUCUUCGAAAAAGUCAGUUUUAAGUGAUUUUAGUUUUUAUAGAAAAAAAGAUUUUCUGAAGAAACAGGUGGUCAUUAGUUAAUACCGCUUUGUUUUAAAUGAACUUAAUUGCAUAAAAGGAUUAAAAGAGUUGUCUAGGACAUUGAGCAAUUAUUUCGAAUAUUUAAGUUUUUUCUUUGACUUUUCAAGAUCACCUGUUUCUUCGAUAAAUGCGACUUUUUUAAUUUUUAACAUAGAUGGACCAAUAGUGUUUGUAAAUAUGUAAAUAAAUUAGGAAACGGUAUAACAGGUUGUAAAACAUCCUUUUCAUUUAGAUUUCCAACCACGACUGAUCCCGUUCGUUUAUAUUGUUUAACAUUAAUUACAAUUAAGUCAAUGAUAAUAUUGUAAAAUAGUCAAUGAAUUGUUGAGCUUGACAAAACUCAAGUGUAUGAGAAAAAAAAUUAAGUCAAAUGAAUUACGUUAAAGUUACAUUUAGUUUAAAAAUAUUUUUGAUUUUAUUUUUUUAAAUCACUUAGUGUUAUCAGAAAUCGUAUUGAAAAUUCACUUCUUUUUUGUAAUUUGUUCUGUCCAUAUGCACAAUUUUUUUUAUUACGAAAGACGUAAGUGUAUUUAUAGAUAUCAAUAAAGUCUGUAAAAAGACUUCAUUAAAAAGUACUCACCGAAAUACAGACUAAAAAUUUUAAUAAAAUAAAAUCCUGAAAAUA